AAGCUUUAGAAGUGUUUUGUUUGUUGCAUUGUUUUUUACUACUAUCCAAAAAAAACGUUUUAAGUAAUAUAAUAAAAAAAGACUUAUUAUUGAUGCAAAAAGAGUGGCAGAUACACUUCGAAAUGCAAGAGCAUAUAUUAAUACUAUAUGUCUAAUAUGAACUUGGAUCUAAACCCGAAAUGGAUCAACAAUUCUCAUUGUCUUGGAAUAAUUUUCAUGGCAAUCUUAGCAAAGGUUUCGCUGGACUAUUAGGAAAUGGAGAAUUCGUUGAUGUUACAAUUGCUGUUGAAGGUCAUUUGCUACAAGCCCAUAAAGUUAUACUCUCAAUAUGUUCUCCAUACUUCAAGAAAAUGUUCCAAUUAAACCCUUGUCAACAUCCAAUAGUUGUACUGCGAGAUGUAUCCCACAAAGCCAUGAGAGAUUUGUUACAAUUUAUGUAUCAUGGAGAAGUCAGUGUGAAGAAAGAAGAACUCACUAGUUUUAUAGGGACUGCAGAGGUAUUGCAGAUAAAAGGGUUAACUAAUAAAGAGACUGAUGAUGAUAGUUGUGAAUCUGAAAAAGAACCUAAAACGAAAUUCAAUUCUGACAAUUUAAGCCCUGAUGGAGAAUCUUGUACCCCAGACAAUUAUGAUUCAUCACCACCAAAAGAAACUCAAGAAUCUUUGGACAUUGGUUUAUUUAGGCAGAAAAAAUUUAUAGAUAAACUGCAACAAUUAAGUUCAUUGAAAAGAAAAUCAGAAGAUUUUCUGAACAAGAAUUACUAUACAACUGUAAGUAAUACUGAAAAGAGAUUUAAGUACAAUGAAAAUUCUAUAUCCACUCAGAAUAAUUCUCUUCAAAAUUUGUAUGAGAAUUUCAAAACUUUAUAUGAUGAAAGUCCAGUGGAUAUAUCAAGAACUUUAAAUCCAAACCAAAGUCCCAGCAUGAAUGAAAGUGAAAGACUACAGAAUACAUCAGAGCAUAGUAUAGAACCUAAAACCGAAUGUGAUGAGAGUGAUAUUGUUGUAUCCGACCCUGCUGUGUGUACAACACCUGAAUCGAGAGCUGAUAUCAAGACCAAAUCAAUGAUGCCUCUGGACUUGCAAACAACACAAGAUAGUGCCCUGUCGUUAGUCAUCAAUGGCAACGAAAAUCAGUUACCAGUUCGAUAUAAAUACAUAUAUAGUAGGAAAGGACACAAGCAGUUGGUUCAUAGGAACUUUGUUUACACGAAACAUUCAACAAGUCAUGGUAAAACUAGCUGGAGAUGUGUUCAAUACUUCUCAUUGAACAGGUGUCCAGCGACUGUGGAAACUAUAGACUCCAUGAUAUAUUCUGUCAAUCAUCAGCACAAUCAUGAGAACUGCUUCGAUAAACUGGCUAAAAAUAAUAUCUAUGAAAUGGAAAAUACUGACAAUUAAUAAAUGGAUUAACCGUAAAGCACUCGAAUGUCUGUUUAAUAGAAUAUUUUUAAUAUUUAGCCAUUACCAGAUCCUACAGAUUGGUUCGAUACUCCCAAUUGAUUGGAGCAUCUCUGGACACUUAAAUUUCAUUUGAACCCAAAGGAAGAACUUAUAUUUGAGAAAUGGCUUGUUUUUUAUAUUAUAAUAUGUUGAUGAAGAAAAUGUCUAAAAUAUAGAUACUUUAAACGGUUCGCCUAUGUAGUGCCAAUGAAACAGACUUAUAUAAACACCACUAGUGGGAGGCUUUUGCAGCGGCUAGAUUAUGAGUACCACAACGGCGCCUUUUUCUGCCGUGAAGCAGUAAUGUGUAAACAUAACUUUGUUUCGGUCGAAAGGGCGCCGUAGCUAUUGAAAUUACUGGACAAAUGAGACUUAACAUCUUAUGUCUCAAGGUGACGAGCGCAAUUGUAGUACCGUUCAGAAUUUUUAGUUUUAUCAAAAAUCUUUAGCGGCACUGCAUUGUAAUGGGCAUGGCAUAUCAAUUACCAUCAGCUGAACGUCCUGCUCGUCUCGUCCCUUAUUUUCAUUAAAAAAAAACAAGUAAAUUAACAUGUUUAAAGUUCCUAAUCAAUAAUUAAAUUAAAUGUAAAUAAUACUACUUAAUUAAUAGUAAGGUUUGUAAAUAGUGUAAUGUAUUACAAUAAUUUCAUUGAUUUGCCUUUUCUAGUCACAAAAGUAACUUUGUCAUAGUUCUUAUACUUUUAAUAUAUUUAAAAGGAAACAUGUUUAUAUAUAUUAAUAAAGAAUAAAUUUCUUAAA